CGAGCAUGCAUUAGCCCAUGUUCAACAUUACAUUUAUGCCAAUCUGAAUCGCUCUUUCAAAGAUCUUGACCAUCAAAAUGAUGAAAGUUGUACUAGCUUGCUUUGUAGCUGCGCUUCUACAUCCUACGGUUGUGGAUGCAAAAUGGACUAAAAUUAGUCACUUUCCAAUCUGUUUCGAGGGACGAAACAACAAACCSGGUCAAUUCAUGUACACGGGUUCCARUGAAAUCAUCGUAGGAGCGAUGAAACUCGAGUGGCAGUCGGGAUCCAUUCGGUGUGUGUCGGACCAGGCUUACGACAGUCGAUGGGGCUGUCACCAUCACUCGUCCUAUCGUAGCUAUCCAUUCAAUGUGGUCGUCACCGACGGGAAAGAUCAACUGAUCUAUCCACUGAAGCAAUUUAUCAAGACAUCGGGUUUAUGGUAUGUUCAGCCAGCACAAGAUGACAAAGAAUCYAAGUCUCUUGUCUUUACUAACUUUGCAACCCCGCUCGUUCUUCAAAGAAUGAUGCAGCUCAAAAUCUGGUACGGAGAAGACCUCAGGAAUUCAGCAGAGAGCGACAACCAAGGCCGCGUUUGYGUCAAUAUACACGCUUUUGUCCUGAACAAUCCCUCCAAUGCYAUCUCAGGUGGAGGGUCUGGUGGCUCAGGCGGGUCAGCGGCUAACUCAGCGGCGGUUAAGUUGUUGGCUAGUUUGAAGUCGUCCUUCACGCAACUUUUGAAGACUUAGMUUGUCUUUGAAAGCGUCUGAAUAAAAUGGCUUGAAGAAAUUAUGA